AUGACGGAUACCCACGAUGCCAUUACGGACAAAGAGAUAGCAGGCAGGGAGACGGCAAAUCAAGCUCAACCCGCAAUCGACCCUGCCUCUUCGAAGCGCCCCAAUGCAUUCACAGAACUCAUGACGCAGUCGAAGAAACCAAAAUCACCCAUCGUUUCCGCCGCAGACGGCCCCAGUACGACACAGAAGGCUUCCAAGACAGCGAAGCGCUGGGAUGGACGGAACGGGCUAGGCGUCUAUAUCGAGAGCCCGGAGACGAACCCUGAGAACAAGAUACUGGAAUACGACGAUGACUUUGUCGUAAUAACCGACAAGUACCCCAAGGCGAGUUAUGUGCCCAUGGUGUUGGAUAAACUAAGGAGAACUAGCGCGCUGACAACCAACAAGUCCUUCCUCGCCGAAGUACGAAAACGCGCCGUCCGUCUCAAAGAACUCGCCGCGUACGAACUCCGACGUCAAUAUGGCGACUUCAGCGCUUCAGAUAAACCAUACAAUGAGGCUUUUGAGGCAAUGAUGAGCUCUCCUGACCCGCCACCUCCACCCGAGGAGCGCGCAGCACUGCUCCCACCCGGCCGCGACUGGUCUAAAGAUAUCGUAGUAGGCGUACAUACCCAUCCCUCGAUGAACCAUCUACAUAUACAUAUCUUCAGUCGGGACAUGCAUUCAGACUGGAUGAAGCACAAGAAACACUAUUUGAGCUUCAACAGUAGUUUCCUGGUUCAAUUAGACGAGUUCCCUCUAGAAGAAGAUAGUAAGAGGUUUUCUCCCGGAGAUUGGCCUAGUUGGGACAUGAAGUGUUGGCGAUGUGGGAAGAACUUUAAGAAUAAGUUUGCGGCAUUGAAACAACACCUCAAUGAAGAGUUUGACGAGUGGAAAAGGGAAUGA